AUGUAAAAUAACUCAUUCAAUAGUGUACUUCAACAGAACAAUAUUAAUUAUUAGUAAAAGGAAAUGCACUAAAAUUUUUGGAACUCUAUCGAUUAAAGGAAAGACUCAUCCCCAUUAACAUAUGAUUAUUGGAACCAGAACAAAUAUGAUACUAUUUUAGACAAUGACAAUGUUGAAUUGUGUUAGCCUCAACUUAAAAAUAUGAUGUAUGCUGUAGAUCUAUUUUAGGAGCAUCUUAUCAGAAAAUUUUAAUGAGGAACCAGAAUCACCCACAAUUAUGAAGUUAAACAAUCAGAGCCAAGUAUAAGAGGACAAUAUAGAUGCCAACAUAAAAUUGCCAAUCAUUUAAAUUUAAGAUCAGCAAUAAAGAACAGACGAUCUCUGCUCUCAAACUCUGGAACAAAGAAGUAGAAGAAUUCGCAAAACAAAGCCUAAUCCUACUUUUAACACAACUCAAGACCAUAAUUAGGAUUCCGAUCACCACUCUUAAUAGCAGGAACCAAACACAACUCCAUGCAAAUGCACUAAGUCGAACUGUCUUAAGUUAUAUUGUCAGUGUUUCCACUAAAAUAGACAAUGCACAGAACUUUGCAAAUGCUUUGCUUGCAAGAAUUGCGAUGAUCAUCUCCCAGUUAGACAAACAGCAUUAGAAAAAAUAAAAAUAAAGUCUCAGCGAUAAACACAUGAUGAUGACUUAUUUGAUAGAUCGAGAGUCUGGGGAUGUAAAUGUUAAAAAUCCCAAUGCUAAAAAAACUACUGUGAAUGCUAUAUAAGAAAUCAAAAAUGCUCAUCCAGUUGUAGAUGCAAAGAUUGUGCUAAUAAGAAAAGAAUACCAGUGCAAUUAAAGAAAAAAAAGAAAAUUGAAACUGUUUCCAAUUGA